GUAUGAAGUUUUCUAUAACAUCGUUGCCUAAUAAGAGAAGGAUUUCAGGCGCACCGUUACGGGGUUACCAGGUCGCUGAAUUCGGGCUAUUCGGUGUAUUACCAAAGUACAUAAAUUCGAUAUGGCACGAACAAUAUGACCAACUUUAAACAUUCAAGAAACACUCCAUCGCGUAAAGAAACCUCCUUCAAUCCCAAAGAAAUACUCGGAGCAAAGAAAAAGAGAAGAAGUUCAAGCAUUGAGGAAAAGUGAAGAACAAUAUGGACUCCAUAACGGCUCAGAUCCGCGAGCUGUACACAGCCGCCGACGAAGACCAGCAACGAGCCAUCCAUGUCCAACUCCGCGACCUGCAGAACGACCUCUCGACUGAGUGGGACAUUGUGUGCCGUGUAGGCAGCGGUUUCCUCCAAAUGGCCCUCAUAAGGAUCGGCCACAACCUUCACAUUUUCGAAACCCUCGCAAGUCGCGGUAAAGAAGAGGAACCACUGACGCUGGAGCACUUUGCGAAGGAAACGGGAGCAGAUCGAGGCCUGCUGGGCCAUUUGCUCCGCGCGACGGCCGCGUUCGGCUUCAUCCAUGAGGCGGGCAAAGAUGCCUUCAAAUCGAACCGUAUGACCACUAUCCUCGCAAACGAAAACGUCUCGGGGGCCAUGGACCACGGAUUCGACCUCCACGGCCGCGUAGCCCUCGAACUCCCCACCUACCUCACCACCCACGCCUACCAGCCCAUGACCUCCAACACCGACCUCCCCUUCCACCUCGCCUUCGACACCCCGCUCGCGCCCUUCGACUGGCUGCGCGCGAACCCGGAGCAGAUGAAGUCGCUCGCGCACGCCAUGGCUAUCUCCCGCCCCUCUCAAUGGUUCGACGUCUACCCUGUCGCUUCCGCCAUCGGCGGCGGUGCCGCUGUGACGCCGACUACCGUCGCGAUGGUCGACGUGGGCGGCGGGUUCGGACACCAGGCCGUCGGCGUGCGGCGCAAGUUCCCCGAGCUGGCGGCCGCGAGGUUCGUCGUGCAGGAUCUGAAGGAGACGUUGGAUGGGAUGGCGUCGGACGAACGGCGGCGUCUUGAAGACGUGGAGGGCGUCGAGUUCCAGAUGCAUGAUUUCUUUACUGAGCAGCCGGUUCAAGGGGCGAAGAUUUACUAUCUGAGGCAUGUCUUGCACGAUUGGUCGGAUGAGGAGUGCGUGCGGAUAUUGAAGGCGAUUGUGCCGGCGAUGGCAGAAGAGUCUAGGGUUGUGAUUGAUGAGGUGGUGUUGCCGGAUGAGGGGGUCCCGUGGCAGUGUGCGUAUAUGGAUGUCACGAUGAUGGCUUGUUUGGGGGGCGGGGAGAGGACGAGGUCGGAGUUUGAGGGGCUGCUGGAGAGGGCUGGGUUGAAGAUUACGGAGGUGGUGAGGUAUGAUAGUAAGAUGCUGAGUGUUGUGAUCGCGAGUCUUAAGUAGUGGUAGGAAGGGGUUUUCUGUAUAUGUAGGGCUUACCUCUCCACUCGGAAUUUAUUCACACCAAAAUUGCC